GUGAGGUGUCAGGUACGUCAAGUUGGUCUUAAUCAAUAAAACUACUAAGAACUAAAUAGUGUUACGAAUAUUUUCGAAGAACUUCUUUAUUUUGUUCAGAUUUUUCAUAAAGAAAGUUAUUCAGAAGAAGUAAACGCUUUCUAAAAUGGCUGGCAUACCGUUGAUGUAUGCUCAAGAAGAUUGUGAGCUAGGAGGAAAGGACAAUAUUGAGGAUGACUUUGCUUAUCGCAACAAUGUUUUAAAUGCGGACAAGGAAAUCAGGCUUGGCUUUAUUCGCAAGGUGUAUGGACUGCUGACUGUACAACUCUUAGCUACAGUCGCCAUAGCCGGAGUAUUCCUCCUCGUUAAACCUGUGCAGCUGUUUAUUCAUCAAAAUGACUGGAUGGUACUUGUUUCAUUUAUCAUGAGCAUGGGGAUUUUGUUAGCCCUCAUCGUCAAGAGGAGAGACUAUCCUGCAAAUUUGUAUUUACUGGCUGCAUUUACUGUCAUACAAGCGUAUACUAUUGGUGUAGUUGUAUCCUAUUGCGACACUCUAGUGGUGCUCCAGGCUCUAGCGAUAACAUUUACUGUGGUAUUUUCUCUGACCCUCUUCACUCUCAACACAAAACGUGAUUUCUCCUUUGUUGGCUAUGGCCUCGUUGCUGCACUCUGUGUGCUCAUUAUUGGAGGUAUCAUCCAAAUCUUCCUGCAAAGCUCCUUGUUUGAGAUUGCGUUGUCGUCUGUAGGAGCUAUCUGCUUCAGUCUGUUUCUGAUCUUCGACACGCAACAGAUGAUGACCGUACUGUCCCCGGAAGAAUACAUCCUCGCCACCAUAAAUCUUUACAUGGACAUCUUGAACCUGUUCCUAUACAUCUUGAGAAUCCUGUCAGAGUUGAACAGGAAUUAAUUAUCUGUAGAACUUUCACAGACUAUAAAUUUUAUUUAUAUUCGAAUCACAUUCCUUUAUAGUUUAGCUGAAAUUUUAAAAGUGUUUUAAUUAAUCAUUGUAAAUUAUAUGUAUUCCAUUACCAUUUUAUUUAAUAUUUUUCCAGUAUUAUAUGUUCUGUAUUUCUGUCCUGUCAGUGGAAGGCUGUGAAAGCGAGAAUAGACCUUGAAAAUAUAAUUAUCGUAUAUGAAAUAUGUCAAAAUAUAUUUUCAUGAAUGUACAUAAUUAUUGUGUUUAAUAAAUUUUAUUUACUCGUUUCAA